AUGACCAAUGAACGCAAGCCAGGGGGCACAUAUUGUUUUCCCCUUGAAGAGCUCAAGUCUUUAGUAUCGCCAGUCAUAAAUAACAGGUCACAAACUGUCCUGGGUACAGGUGCAGACCACUCAGAUAAGUUAAUGAUUCACUCAUGUGCAGAUGAUAUGUAUGUUGAUAUUGCUGAAACUCGAAACCAUUGCAAUGACGAAGAUGCUCCAAUUCAGCUUGACGAGGGCGUCAGAAUGUCAGGAGAGGCCGUA